UAUAAAAGUAAACAAAAACCCUAAUCUUCCAUCUUCAACCUCAGUAGCAGGUGCGGGUACGCUGCGGUCAAUUUCGUCGAUUUCUGAUACUGUCUCUACAUAUACCGUUCAUGCAAUGGCUCCGAAACAGCCGAGUACGGGUUUAUUCGUUGGAUUGAACAAGGGUCACGUUGUGACCAAGAAGGAAUUGGCUCCUCGCCCGUCAGAUCGAAAAGGGAAAACCAGCAAGAGGGUACACUUUGUAAGGAACAUUAUACGUGAGGUUGCUGGCUUUGCUCCCUAUGAAAAGAGGAUUACAGAGCUUUUGAAGGUUGGCAAGGAUAAGAGAGCAUUGAAAGUUUCAAAGAGAAGGUUGGGUACCCAUAAGAGAGCUAAGAAGAAGCGUGAGGAGAUGUCUAAUGUGCUCCGAAAGAUGAGGGCUGGCGGAGCUGGUGACAAAAAGAAGUGAGACCCGGCUUCUCUAACUCCAAUUUCACUAGUGUGUGUUAUGUCAGUUCCUGUAGUUUUACCCCCCUUGGUUUUGUUUAAUUCGUUGUCCCAGUGGGAGACUUGUUAUACUUUCAGAAAUAUUGGUUUUAGACUGAGACGUGACAAAUGGCAGUUACCAUAGUCAUGCUUUUUCUUGUUUUGAAGUCUUGGCAAAUAUUGCGUAGCCAUUUUUAAUAUUCA